AUGGGAUUUACUACAAUGCACUUCUUAUUCCUCAUUGUUCUAACAUCAUAUCAUGUUUACAUUGUUACAUGUGCUGAUGUUAAAGACUUUUUCAAGCCAAAUUCUGAUGUAAAUAUCGAUGCUUUCGAGCCAUAUACAGUGCAAGUCAUUAAUGCAAAAAUCGAUAACCUAGUUGUUCAUGUUUCCUCAAAAGAUAAUGAUUUUGGAAACAAAACAUUGCAAAUAAAUGAAUCGUUCAGUUGGAGCUUCCGUAUGAAUUCUCCUGAAACAACUGCGUUCAACGGGCGGUUUUUCUGGAUGAAUCCGGAUGGCACUCCUCUCAGAGUGGCUGAUUUUAGUGUUUUUGAUAGAUAUGUUGCCGAAGAAUGUGGCGAAAACCUGUUCAAGCAAAAUAAGUGUUUUUGGGGUGUAGCGGAUGUUGGUUUUUAUUUCGCAAAAGGAGAGCCAAAUGGUUGGAAGUUAAAGCAUACUUGGUCUUAG